AGAUAAACGAAUCCUGAAAGUUGCCAUUGUUCUAUUGCUGUGCUAGAAUGGAGGCCCCACUGGUGAGUUUGGAUGAAGAGUUUGAGGACCUUCGGCCCUGCUGCUCAGAGGACCUGGAGGAGAAGCCACGGUGUUUCUAUGGCUCAUCUCCCCACCAUCUAGAGGACCCUUCCCUCUCGGAGCUUGAGAAUUUUUCCUCUGAAAUAAUCAGCUUCAAGUCCAUGGAGGACCUCGUGAAUGAAUUUGAUGAGAAGCUCAAUGUCUGCUUUCGGAACUACAACGCCAAGACUGAGAACCUAGCCCCAGUGAAGAAUCAGUUACAGAUCCAAGAGGAGGAGGAGACCCUUCAGGAUGAGGAGGUUUGGGAUGCUUUGACAGACAAUUACAUCCCUUCACUCUCAGAAGACUGGAGGGACCCAAACAUCGAGGCUCUGAAUGGCAACAGCUCUGACACUGAGAUCCAUGAGAAAGAGGAAGAAGAGUUCAAUGAGAAGAGUGAGAACGAUUCUGGGAUCAACGAGGAGCCUCUGCUCACGGCAGAUCAGGUAAUUGAGGAGAUUGAGGAAAUGAUGCAGAACUCCCCAGACCCUGAGGAGGAAGAGGAGGUUCUGGAAGAAGAGGAUGAAGGAGAGACCUCCUCCCAGGCAGACUCAGUCCUUCUGCAGGAGAUGCAGGCCCUGACACAGACCUUCAACAACAACUGGUCCUAUGAAGGGCUGAGGCACAUGUCUGGGUCUGAGCUGACUGAGCUGCUGGACCAGGUGGAAGGUGCUAUCCGUGACUUCUCAGAGGAGCUGGUGCAACAGCUGGCCCGCCGGGAUGAGCUGGAGUUUGAGAAGGAAGUGAAGAAUUCCUUCAUCACGGUGCUUAUUGAGGUUCAGAACAAGCAGAAGGAGCAGCGAGAAAUGAUGAAAAAGAGGCGGAAAGAGAAAGGGCUGAGCCUACAGAGCAGCCGAAUAGAGAAGGGAAACCAGAUGCCUCUCAAGCGCUUCAGCAUGGAAGGCAUCUCCAACAUUCUGCAGAGCGGCAUCCGCCAGACCUUUGGCUCCUCAGCAACUGACAAGCAGUAUCUGAACACAGUCAUCCCUUACGAGAAGAAAGCCUCUCCUCCCUCGGUGGAAGACCUACAGAUGCUGACAAACAUUCUCUUUGCCAUGAAGGAGGACAAUGAGAAGGUGCCUACUUUGCUAACAGACUACAUUCUAAAAGUGCUCUGUCCUACCUAACCGUGCCCUUUGGAGCAGCCUUGCUGCAGGAGGUCACUGAGCAAGAGUCAUUCCAUCACAGGGACUGCAUGGCACCAUGUAACCUCCGACGUGUAUUUAAAAAUGUAUAGCUUAACAUGGAUUAAACAUGAGCAAAUGCGUGGGCUCCUUUGCCGUUGGCUUCUAGUGCUAGUAAUCAUUGGAUGCAUGAUCGGUGGGCAGGGCCGGUGACGUUGCCUCAUCUCCCCCUGUGUUGGGGGAAGGCAGAUGCUGUCACAGCUCAUUAUGUAGUCUGGCUCCAGGCCCUCAAAAACAGCUUACACUUUAAGACUAAUUUUGAAAUAAACCUUCAUUUAAUUAAUA